ACCACAAAGUCAGAACGUCUAUAUGGUAAAAAAGUACGAAAACAAAAAUAUUUGUUGUCUUAUUUUAAGGUUAGGUAUAAGGUUAGCCACGUGGUUAUGGCUAGGGUUAAGUUUAGGAUUAGGUUUAAAAUCACAUUUUAAGAAUAUAAAACGUAGAAAUAGGCGGAGUUUAUGACUUUGUGGCCGUGGUAACUAGUGACGACCGUGUUGUUGUUUCCUUUUAUCAGACUGAAAAUAAGUUUCCUGCAAAAUAUUUUUAAACGACCGCUAGAAGAUGGCGAUGAAACGAACAUCAAGUUAUGCUCUAUUUUUACUGUUUAUGUCGUUUAUUUUAGCUGAGUCUGCACCUCGACAGUUGAACACGGUAGGAGACGAAUUUACCACGGAAAGCAUUCUGAUCAAUGUGACAGCAGGGACAUUGGAUGACACACAGGGGCAGGAGUCCAACAACUUGCAGAUCAACCUGAAUAUUUCAGUGGAUGAAGAACAGGUGCUCAUCAAUGACAUCCCUGUGGAGUUGUCAGGAGUGACUAGGUUGAACUGCCAAGCCUUGCUGUUGGAUACCAUCAAUGGAACCAGUGAAUUUGAAUCUGGUGACUAUGUGUCCACUGUCACCCGGGUGAUGGUGAGCCAGAAUCGCCUGUGGAGUGAUUCAGAAGAGGUGGUGGCUCUCCAGGUGUUCAGCGAGGUCAUUGAGAUGGAGGGGAAAAAGGUCCAGCAGCCAGAAAUGUGCGAAGUUAAGAUACUGAUGACCCCCAAUUUCCAGAAGCUUGCUCGGUAUACCAACACCUACCCCAUUGGACACAGUGAGAUUUUCAGGAUCCCAAGGGAAAAUGAUGUGGUCAUCACAGAUCCAACAAAUCCUAAAAAAGCUGAAGACCAAGUGAUGUCCCAUACCACCAUUCAUUACCCUCUAAAGCAUGCUGACACCACCCAGGAGGAGAUUGCUGCCCCAGGCAAGCUCCCAGAGACUCCCCUCCGCAUGGACCCAGACUUGCUGUAUGAUAACAAUGAUGAGGAUGAUGACUUGGGAGGGCUGUCGGAUGAAAUGCAGACAGAGGCACCGCUCAAAGAAUCCAUCUCCUCUUACAGUGCCAUGUGUCGAUGGGUGGAGGAGGUGAGGGACCGCCUGCGACGCUUCUGGUCUGAGUCCUUGCCCCUGUUCUUUUUGGUUAUGUGGGUGGUGGUGAUUGGUGUGGUUGGGUCAGCGGUCAUUGUCAAGAUCCUGGACGUGCUCUUCCCAACAUGUGAACACAAGGGAAUUUUCCAUUUAAAUCAUGUGACUCUGAUGCCUGAAGAUGAGAAACACACCCUGCUAGAGAACAUUGAAAUAGAGGCAGAGGAAAAAGCCUUAAAUGAAAACUGAAGACUGAUGAAGUGGAGUGAGUCUGAUUGCAGCUGUUGACAACACAAGGCAUUAUGUGGUUAGAGAAACCAUAAUCUUUUUGUAGCACUUAUUAAACAUGCAUUCCAUACACAUUAUUUGCUUUAUACCCUCUACUCAAAACAUGAAUCUGAUAUGUUAAUACUGCAACAGAUCAUACUUAUGGACCUAGCUACCUACUGCACACUGUUACUUUUCAUAUUAUGAUUGUGUUACCUCAGUUACAAUAUUACUUUGUGUUAAGAAGUUUGGAUAUACCGUGGCGGCAGGUAGCCUAGCGGUUGAGUGUUGGCCCAGUAACCCGAAAGGUCGCUGGUUUGAAUCCCCGAGCUGACUGAAAAAUAUGCCGAUGUUCCCUUGGGCAAGGCACGUAACCCUAAUUGCUCAUGUAAGUCGCUCUGGAUAAGAGCGUCUGCUAAAUGACUAAAAUGUAAAUAUACCACACGUUAAUAUUGAUUUCUUAUUGGUUUAUUGCUCAGUUCAUAAUAUUUUAUCAUUCUGACUGGAGGAUUGAACUGAAGAUUUGGUGUUUGUCUGCAUGCAAGACAAACAGCUUUUAUUUACUGUUUUUUGAGCCAGUACAUAUGUCAAGGCCUCACCUAUACAUUAAUUGUAAAAGGAUCAAAAACAAAAUAUUGAAUGUUGCUAUUGCAUUCUGACUGAGCUCAACUCUGGGCUGCGGUACGGUUCAUAAAAUGGAUAGGAAGACCUGCAAGUGCAGAAUAAAGAAUGAUCAAAUAUGAAGUCUCCUAACCAUUUCAAUUGAUAGAGAAGACCGUUCCUACAGCGGCGCGACCUCUGGGGCAUAUUCACUUGGCUCUGUCACAGAAGAUACAUAGACCUAGAAAGUAUAGAAUGGACAUGAACUGGAGAAGAGAUUCAUUUCCAUUCUUUACAUUCCAUUUCUGUUCACUCUGGAAACAUUACUCACAGAAUAAGCCCCUGUUGCUUUAAUAAAUGCCUGUUUGUAUGCAUUUGAACUGAAAUGUAUGAAUAUGGUUAAUGGAUGUUCUUUGCAAUUAAUGAAAAUGUUGACACUAAUAGGACCUUUUUAUAAAGCGCAUCUUGUCUCAGAAUAUAGUUAUAGUCAUACCUACUCUUCUCCCAGUAGCAUAUUGGCUGGUUUGCCUCAAAGAAGGCAUGACCAACAUAGAAUUGUAUCAAUGUGAUUCAAGACUAGGCUUCUGGUUGACGUACGCAUGGCAUUGAAUGGGACCUUGGCACAUUGACUUUCUGCCACAGCAGAACUUGCAGGAGAAGCCCUAGUAGUGAAUGCAGUUGGCCGUCACAAACAAGCUUCAUAGAAGGAAACUGCAUGCUGAUUAGAACUUCAGUGAAUGGGUGAAGAACUUAAGUUAUUUUACCUUUUUGUUGCUUCUAUGGUGCCUCAAUUCCAUUUCAGUCUUGUGUGUUGUACUGAAGCAUGGGAGCAUGACUUGUGUGCAUAAUGUAUUUUCAUUUUAAUCAAACUACAUUGAAUUCCCAAAUGCUGCUCAAUAAAUGUGUUUCUGUAAUGUUCGUGACAUUCACUCUACAGCCAGGUUACAUGCAAAUAAAGCACAUGGAAGCCUUGUCAAUGCAAGUAA